UCCCUCUUUUUUUCAUUGCGGUCACGUCUUCUUGCACGGAUUUGAGCUGGGGGCACAAAGGGAUGUGUAUUUUUAUCCCGUCAAUAUCACAGCACGCGAAGCCUUUUUUUUUUUUUUUUGGCUGCACCUUGUUUUGCUCUCCUCUCCUGAUUUAACCUGUCGGGAUUUCUCCGUCCGAGCGCAACCCGCAACGCCCGCAGCGGACCGAGCGACUGCGCGUUCGUUGAACGGCAGACACCGAGAACCGGGCCCACCUCCAGAACCCUUUGACGAGUCUCUCCACCUGACCCCCUUCUCGCCUGACGAGUGAGACCACAGGUUCCAAUCCGAGGCAGGGCCAUUGAUGUGCGGCAGGAGCGCUCAAGGCGAUCAAUUUGCGAUGCGUUUUGGCCGUCGACAAUGACGCGCCUGUGUGAGAGCGGAGCGGCAGCGUAGGAAGGUGGCGGACGACGUCCAGCUCGGCUCAGCGGCCAUGAGGCACCUGUGGUCCCGGUUCUGAAUGCAGCGCAGAGAGACGCCUAUCCGGGUGUCACCGUCAGCUCUGGAUGCUGCGCCGAAGGAUGGCAUACUCCGACCCGUCGUCGGGCAAAGACAUACUAGGCAGUAGAUCCCUGUGUUUCAUAUUCAUUUGCGCAUUUGGACUCGUCACGCUUUUGCAGCAGAUUCUUUACGGGAAAAACUACAUCAAGAGGACAUGCCGUACUCCAAAUCCCAGUUCAAAAAAUGUGCCGUCAUUGGAAACGGUGGUAUCAUCAAGAACAGCAAAUGUGGAAAGGAAAUUGAUUCAGCCGAUUUUGUUUUCAGAUGCAACGUGCCACCCAUCAAUGACAAAUACUCAGCAGACGUGGGCACCAAAACCGACCUGGUGACCAUAAAUCCAAGCAUUAUUACUGAAAGAUUUCAGAAGCUGGAGAAAUGGCGGCGGCCGUUUUACGACAUCCUCCAGAACUACGAGAACUCGUCAGUGGUGCUGCCCGCCUUUUACAACACCCGCAACACUGAUGUGUCUUUCCGAGUCAAGUACAUGCUGGACGAUUUCGACUCCCAGAGAGGCGUGUUCUUCUUCCACCCGCAGUAUCUCCUGAAUGUGCAGCGCUUCUGGGCGGUGCAGGGCGUCCGGGCAAAGCGCCUCAGCAGCGGCCUGAUGCUCGUGACCGCAGCCUUGGAGCUCUGCGAGGAGGUCCACCUCUACGGUUUCUGGGCGUUUCCCAUGAACCCCGCGGGCAUCUUCAUCACUCACCACUACUAUGACAACGUGAAGCCACGGCCGGGCUUCCACGCGAUGCCUCAUGAAAUUUUUAACUUCAUCCACAUGCACACGCGCGGGAUCAUCAAUGUACAUACGGGGCACUGCACAUGAUCGAUCUUUUUUUUUUCUUCUUCUGGUUUUUAAAUGAAUGUGUUUGAGUUUUGUUAGGACCAUAGAGGGGUACAUACUUAUUUGCUCUGAUUAGUCCAACAAUAUGGUGAAGAUUGCUCGCUCGGACACCUUUACUGCUGUCACGUCACUUUGGCGAUCGCUGACUCUCUGUUCAUUAGGAUUCUUGUGUUUAAUGUAAAAAAAAAUAAGUGAUCUUCAUAAUAGUGGUGUUUCUGUGAAGUUUUUGAAGUGGCCCCACUGUACAGAGGUGUUGUUUUCUACUUGACUGCACAGUCCCGUUUAUGCUGUAAUGGGGCUGCACCGGGCGGGGGUGGCUUCGUGCCCCGUCCCUUAACUUUCUCUUGGACAGUCUGUGGGUGUGGCAGCUUAACGUUUGUGUGAAACAAGCCUAAACACUGGGUUUAUGAAAGGAAUAUCAGAAUUCACAGCUGUAACAUCUUCUCGUCUACUUUUGUAAUCUAUUUCCUAUUCAGCAGAUUCACGGUGUGGGUAUUUUCAAACUCUGUCAAAAAGGCCUGUUUUCAUUGGCCUAGUUUCUCCCUAAAAAAAAAAAA